AUGAGAACCAAGCCAAACUACAGCCUAGCUGGAAAGGGCAGCUCUGCAAUCUCCCCCGGCAGAAUCCCCAGCCUAGCUCUGCAGGUGCUGGAGUGUUCAAAGGGGCAUAUGAACAUCGCAGCUUGGCCUCACCCUGGCAUCCAGUCCAUCUUCAUCAACAGAUGCAGCAGUCCUGCCCCGGGGGUGUGUGACUUUGUGUGCGACUGCAGGGACUGCUCCGAUGAGAACCAGUGUGGUUAUCACAAAGAAUCAGUCACGCUGGGAACUCCCUUCACCUGCGAUUUUGAAGAGGGCAACUGUGGAUGGAAGGAUGUGAGCACCUCUGCCUACAGAUGGGUCACAGGCCGAGCCAGCAUCGCCAUGUGGGGGACAGGGCCCAGUGCCGAUCACACCCGGGGCACUGAUCUGGGCUGGUACAUGGCUGCAGAGAUGCGCAGAAACACGUUUGCUGCCAUCGCUAGGUUAAGGUCCCCUGUGAUGCGACAAGCAGCAGCCACCUGUGAGAUCAGAGCAUGGUAUCGCCUGUGGGAAACAGGGCUUAACAAGACAGUGCAGCCGGCUCUGUGGGUGGAGCUGACAUAUGACAGUGAGACCAUAACGCUGUGGCAGAGCCCUGAAAGCAGCAUUUCUGCCUGGCAGGAGCUGGUUGCAUACACAGGCCGGGUGCCAGGGGAGUUCCAGAUAACCCUCUCCUCGCAGCAGAGCUCCUUGCAGCUGGACGACGUGGAGUUCAGGAGCUGUGGCUUGCCACCGCCCCUGAGCCUAGUGUGUGGCUGGGAGGAGAGGAUCUGCAGCCGUGGAUCAUGUGUGCAGCAGGAUCAGCUCUGUGAUGGCACCGACAACUGCGGGGAUCUGUCAGACGAAUCCACCACAGAGUGCAGAUCUUUCACCCUCUGUUCCUUUGAGACGGGCUGGUGUGACUGGGUCACUGCGCCCGAUUACCCGACCUGGGUCAGGAACACAAGCCUCCACCUCGCGCCUGCAGCCCGCACCCCCACACGGGACCACAGCAGCAACAGCAGGACAGGCUUUUUCCUCUACAUCAGUACCGGCCCACAGGACCUGAGCAGCGGUGCGGCCAGACUGAUUAGUCCAGUUUUCCAAGCAACCAAGACCAGCAGCUGCUCUCUCGUGUUCUACUCCCACCUCUACGACUCGGCCACCGGCAGCCUCAACAUCUACUACCAAACCAACUCCGUCACGCAGCUCAUGCACGCGAGGGCUGGGGACCUGGGCGAUUACUGGUUCAGGGGGAAAGUGGACUUCAAUGUGACCGAGAACUUCCAGAUCAUUCUUGAGGGCAUGAUCGGAACAGGACAGAAAGGCACCAUGGCCCUGGAUGACUUGGUUCUAUCCCCAGGCUGCAUCCGGGCUGCAGACAAUCCGGUCAUCACUCCCACGCCUUCCUCCACUGACCCCACCACGCCCUGCACCCCAGAGGAGUUCACCUGCGACAAUAAGAAGUGCAUCAGCGCAGAGCUGGCCUGCGACUUUACAGAGACGUGUGAAGACGGCUCCGAUGAGAAGUAUUGUGGGACAUCGACCUUCGAGGCUGGGGCUAGGGGCUGGAAGGACAGCAGUGUGGGCCAGCUGCAGUGGGUGAGGGAGAAAGCCAGCAAGGGCUUACUGCCUGGGGCAGACCACACCACCAACACCUCCACAGGGAGUUACCUGGGCGUGGAGUCGGCUCCAGGCCAGAUGGUGUCGGUGGCAAGGGCUCGCACCCCCCUUCUGGGCCCCUCGGGCCUGGCCUGCUCCGUGGAGAUGCACUGCUGGCUGCACAGCGACCCCCAAGGGUUCAUUGCGCUCGGCAUCGUGGAUCAUGCCCUGGGGACACACAGGCUGGCCUGGCACAUGCAGGACAACGGCAGCGCGGAGUGGAAACACGUCACCGUUCCUCUUGGGGAGAGAGCCAGACCCUUCCAGCUGGAGCUGAUCGCCCUGGUGAAUCUGCGUGGCCCCGUAGUGCAGAGUGCUGCUGUGGACGAUGUUGCAUUUGUGAACUGCGACCCCCGCUUUACCCCUCCAGAUGCCUCAGAGCUGUCUUGCAACUUUGAGAUGGGGCUCUGCGGCUGGUACCAGGAUCAGAGCGAUGAUUUUGAGUGGGUGCGAGGCACAGGGCUGGGGCUGGGCUCUGACCACACCACCGGCACAGGCUAUUUCUUGUCCGUGGAUCUCUCCGCCCAAAGUACCUGGGCCCUGAGCGCACGUCUCAUCACCUACCCCCAGGACCCUCCCACUAGAGAGCAGUGUCUCUCGUUCUGGUACCGCCUGGAUGGCCCUCAGAGUGGCACGCUGAACCUAAAGAUACAGCACGAUGGGGAGCCCGAGACGGUGCUCUGGACCCGAACGGGAGCUCAUGGCAGCAUGUGGCACCUGGGAUUCGCAACACUCAGUUGUCAGGCUCUACAGAGGUACCGGCUGGUCUUCGAGGCUCUCCGGGACGGGUACCUGGGGGACAUAGCCCUGGACGAUGUCACCGUGCGAGCUGGAGCCUGUGGUCCCCAGGAGUCCUGUUCGUUCGAGGCCAAUGCCUGUGGCUUCUCCUCCAGCUGGCAGUACACGUGGGCACGGCAGAGCAACGUCACUGGCACUGCUAUGGCUGGCCCUCCCACUGACCACACCGUGGGGACAGCCCGAGGAUAUUACAUGAUUGUUGAUACCAGCAAGGGCUCCCUGCCCCGUGGGCAAGCAGCCACUCUGAGCUCUGGGCAGUACAGGCCCCUGACUCAUCCGCAGUGCCUGGGCUUCUGGUACCAGCUGAGCCCCAGUGACCCAGGUUCCCUGACGGUGGGUGUGAAGGAGAAGGGGGUGCAGCGGAGGCUGUUCAGCGUGAGCUCAGUGCAGGGGGACGCUUGGCGCUACGGUAAAGUGACUGUCCAAGUGGCUGAGGACUGGCAGGUCACCUUCGAGGUGGUGAGUGCUGGCGGUGAGCUCUCCUACGUCGCCCUCGAUGAUUUGCACCUGAAGGCCAGCAGCUGCCCAGAGCCAGGUUCCUGUGACUUUGAGUCAGACACUUGUGGCUGGACCAGCCCCUCAGACCACACCCUGGGCAGCUACACCUGGGGCUGGAAAAGCGGGGCCAGCCCGGGCCCGGAGGUGGACCACACGCUGGGCACGACAGCAGGUCACUACGUUUACUUCGAUGCCAGCGUGCUGGGGCCUGGGGGGAACGCGGCCCGGCUGCUGAGCGAGCACCUGCCAGCCACCACAGGCGCCUGCCUUCGGUUUUGGUACCACAUGGACUUCCCAGAGCACUUCUACAGUGGCGAGCUGAGGGUGAAGCUGUACAGCAUGGCGGGGGAACUAACAGUCUGGUGCGCCCAAGGGCACCAGGGCCAAGGCUGGCGGAACACGACCAUCUCAGUGCAGAACACUGUGGAGUUCCAGAUUGUCUUUGAAGUGACCAAUGGUGUGUGGCCUGCCGGGGGGACCAUCGCCCUGGACGAUAUCAUGUACCAUGCUGGAGAGGGCUGUAAUGGAGACGGUUUGGGCCAGAUGGAAGAUGGGAAACCUGCCAAGGGCUCUGUGGCAGCAAUGGUGAUUGGCAUUCUCCUGGCCACUGUAUUCCUGCUCCUAAUAACUUUGAGCAUAUGCUAUUGGCUGAAGAGGAGGCUGUCAGCAGGCAGGAGGCCAGAGGAGAGAGCCACCAGCCAAGGCUUUGACAACAUCACUUUUAGAGAUGACAGGGUCACUAUAACUCCACUACCUGCGGAUGGGGAAGCAGAACCAGAUAUGAGCCUCCCACAGUAGGCAGCUGUUCGUACUGUAGCUGCACAUACAGAAUGAAAGGUGUGUUCUGCAAGGCUUCACACUCCUCCGGCAACACUGGGCUCAACUUUCAGUUCCAAGGCUACUCUUGAAACGCUUUUGGCCACUGACUAAAAUGGAAGCUUUAGCUGAGACAAACAAGGUCAGCUGGAGGGAGGAAUACAAGCCCCUUUUUGAACAGAUCCUGUAUCACUGAACUUCCUGGAACACAUUCAAGAGAGUCCAUCAGUGCUGUCAUAUUCUUGCAGUUUCCCCAUAUAGUAUUGCCUUUUCCAUAUGAAGAUCAAGAUUACUGCAAGAUUAUUUGAUUUUAUCUAAAAUAAAAUGAAUUCUAUAAAAGUCGGAUUUCUGAAGACUGUGUAACUUAGUCUGUGUUUCAGUCCGUUCCGCAUAAUUGUCUGUGGUCACAGAUUUUAGUUGCAGCACUGCCUCCAAAUACAACCCAGCUAAGCGGGUAUACUCAGAGGUCCGAAUGUGUAGAAUCUUGAAUGUCUCCAUUAACUAUUUAAACCCAUAAGUACUGCAGCAUCUUGACCAUUGUAGCAAUACAGGAGUCCAAGUGCAAAAUCCUUUGUGUUUCUCUAGCCAAGCAGCACUGUCAGAAGACAGAAAUUCUCCAAGACCAGCAGAUCCAGAAGGCUUUCAUGAAGGCUCUGCAUAUAGCUUGAGCAAAGCUGUAGCAAUGUCUUCCUUGUAACCAUUUGCAACUUCAGUGUUGUGGCCCUCAUACAAAUAACUCAGGAGGAAUCGUUUGCACUUAGUCAUCUUCUCCUGAUCCUCUUAGGCCAGCUGGUUUAAAUCAGCAUAAUUGUAAAGAGGUGGAUGAGCCGUAUGAACGAAGAGGAAGUAGGCAAAAGGAUGGGGUAGAGAGCGAUCAGCUCCUGGACAUCAAGUUGGUCGCUUCUGAAGAGUUCUUUUGCUUCUAGGAACUGAAGCUGUGCAAAGUAUAUAAAACCUGCUUGCUGCAAGAUUCGUUUGUACAUUACCUGAAAUUUCUCUUUUGGAAUGUUCAUAGAAGAUUAGGGUUGGAAGAGAUCUCGGGAGGUCAUCUAGUGCAACCCCCUGCUCAAGGCAGGACCAACACCAACUAAAUCAUCCCAGCCAGGGCUUUGUCAAGUCAGGCCUUAGAAAAACUUUUAAGGAUGGAGAUUCCACCACUCCCUGGGUAACCCAUUCCAGUGCUUCACCACCCUCCUCGUGAAAAAGCUUUUCCUAAUAUCCAACCUAAACCUCCCCCACUGCAACUUGAACAUUGCUCCUUGUUCUGUCAUUUGCCACCACUGAGAACAGCCGAGCUCCAUCCUCAUUGGAACCCCCCUUCACGUAGUUGAAGGAUGCUAUCAAAUCUCCCCUCACUCUUCUCUUCCGCAAACUAAAGCAGCCCAGUUCCCUCAGCCUCUCCUCAUAAGUCACGUGCCCCAGACCCCUAAUUGUUUUCAUUGCCUCUCCAAUUUGUCUACAUCAUUUCCUGUAGCGGGGGUCCCAAAAAUGGACGCAAUACUCCAGAUGUGGCCUCACCAGUGCUGAAUACAGCAAAAUAAUCACUUCCCUCGAGCUGCUGGCCAUGCUCCUACUAAUGCAGCCCAAUAUGCCAGUAGCCUUCUUAGCAACAAGGGCACACUGCUGACUCAUAUCCAGCUUCUCAUCCACUGUAAUCCCCAGGUCCUUUUCUGCAGAACUGCCGCUUAGCCAGUUGGUCCCCAGCCUGUAGCAGUACAUGGGAUUCUUCCAUCUUAAGUGCAAGACUCUGCACUUGUCCUCAUUGAACCUCAUCAGAUUCUUUUAGCCCAAUCCUCCAAUUUGUCUAGGUCAUGCUGGACCCUAUCCCUACCCUCCAGCAUAUCUACCUCUCCUCCCAGCUUAGUGUCAUCUGCAAAUUUAUGGAGGGUGCAAUCCAUCCCACCAUCCAGAUCAUUAAUGAAGAUGUUGAACACCACCAGCCCCAGGACCGACCCCUGGGGCACUCUG